CAGGUGCUCCAUGCCAGUCCUCGCAGUCUCCCCAUCCCUCCCAUGCCCCCAGGGCAGGAGCCAGGGCUCCCGACCGUGACCUGGGCUUUGCUGUGCACACAGCUUUGCACUGCAGACCCUGAAGGCCCUGCUCUGCCAAAUGCGCUAUGAGCACGUGGUGGUGUCAAUGGAACGCAAGCGUGCCUGGGACACGCUGCUCUGUGCUGACACCCACCACUAUGCAGUGCGUCUUCUGGCCAGGGAGAUGCGCCGCGUCUCCAUCAUCUGGUGUUGCGGCAUGGCAUCCUGCCUCUUUGACCUGCUCAGCGAAGGCAUUUCAGACUGGGAACUGCCCGCCCUGGCGUUCCUGGUGGAGGUCCUGGACUGCCUGGACUUGAGCGAAUGUGGCGAAAAAGUCCUGGAGAUCUUGACAAGUCAGCUGCAGAGCGAGUCCACGGAGAUGCGUCGCGUGGUGCUCCGCGGCCUCGUGGUGCUCACCUCGAUGGAUCCAAGCAUGUUCAGCCUGACUGAAAGCCUUGCGAAACUACUGUGGGAUGCGGACGAAGACAUCGUGGAGAUGACCCUCAUUGUGCUCAGCUUACUGCUGCUGCACAAAGACCUCAUAAUAGCCAGCCCCAUCGCCCUGCAGCUGGCUGAGGCGCUCUGGCACCUCUUUGACAAUGACAACAGCCAUGUGCAGCUGCUCUCCAUUCGCCUCUUCCAAGACGUGAUCACGCUGGUAGUGGCAAAGGACAAAAAGGCCCUGAAGAAGUAUGUGAGCUAGAGCCUGCUCCCGCUCUUCUUCCACUGCCACGAUGAGAACGGGCGUGUGGCACAGGCCUCUCGGGAAACGCUGCUUUCUGCAGUAAGGUUCCUGAAGAGGAAGGAUCUCAAGCAGCUGCUGAAGACGGAUCAGAUGUGGAGGUUGGCCGAGUGCUUGCUGGGAGAGGAUAGGAGCCGUGCGGCCGAGCACCUGCGCCAGGCCCUGCCAUACCUGCGGAGCCCACAGGAGCCCCUGCGAGAGGCGGCCGUCAGGUUCAUCGGGAUCGCCGGGCGCUACCUGACAGGGCAGCAGCCAGAGUUCCGGAUCAUCUGCAUGGCCCUUCAGGACAUGACGGAUGACACCAGCCCUACCGUCUCAUGCCUGGCACUUCAAACUCUGUACAUCAAUUUAGCUGUACAGAGCAUUCCCUCCUCUGGACUCCAGAAGAUGCGAGACCAACUCCGCCAGCUCUGGAAGUCGCGGCCUUUCCUGUGUUACCGUGGCUGAGUGUCCUGCUGUGGCGCCGUGGAGAAGUGAUCCGGGAGGCUGCGUCUGCUGGGGCCACCUGAACCUGCGGGGAACAUCUCUCCUCUGCAAGCACUUCCUU